UUACUAAAAGCCCUGGCCAGAAACAUUAACAACUGCCUGGAAUACUGACAUGAGCUGGUUGGGUUAUAUUGUUCUGCUUCUUCUAUGGAGAUGCUACAUCUUCCAGAACGUCCCAGUACAGCAGGAACAAGUGCUUUACGAGCACCUGGUGAACCCCAUGAUUGAUUCAGUGAUGCCAUUAAGAUGUGGUCGUCCACCUGCUGUGGAUAAUGCAUUGCUCCUUGCCUCCCCAAGGCAAAGAUUCUCAUCCGGUUCAACUAUAAUGUAUCAGUGCUACAGACUGUAUGUAAUGGAAGGCACUCCACUUGCAACAUGUAUAAAUGGCCAAUGGACUGGCGUGCCCAGAUGUCUUAAAACCUGUAGAGCAAAUGAAUCUGACAUGGAGCGUAACAAUAUACAACUGAGGUCGAUAACUAAGUCAACAUCCAUGAGAGCAUCUGACUACUGGAUGGAGUUUGAGUGCAAACCGGGAUUUCGUAAGGAUCCAUUGUCGCCACCUUUUAGAAAACAAUGUGUAGUUGGACCGUGGGUAUAUCCAAGAUGUAUCUAAAGCAAUGUUAAUCUGGACCCUGCUAGGCCUAAAAGCCAGCAACUUCAGUAAAGAGUAGAACAACCAUGAUGGACUAAAAUAGAUGACAUUCAGCCGUAUGUCACUUUGCGCUUAGAACUUUUUGAUGACUCUCACUGACAGUCCUUGUGAGACCUCAGCAUCUGGGCAUCAAUAUGAUAAGAUGAUGAAGGAACAUGAAGAAGAAAACAACAAUGGUGUCUCAGCGUAUGUGGAACACAUUGCUGAAAAUGGAAAGUGGAAUGUGUCCAAGUGACCUGAGUAAAGAAGUGCUGGAAAAGCAAGUAUCCCAGUUGUGCUUUCCUCCCAAACAGAUAACCCACAGUAUAUGUCUUAAUGUGGGUUAAUCUAUGUAUUUAAUGAAAUUGACAUAAAACAUGGGAAAUUCCAUUCACCUGGUGCAGUUCCUAAUCAAUAUAAAUGGUAUUCAGAUAAUCAUUUGCUUUCCCUUUGCUUGCUGUCUUUAAACCUUGGCUACAUGUGCUCUUACCCAGUGAAGAGUACAUGAUGGUGGCCCACAGCUUUGACUGGGCAACUGACUUUUAUUCCAAAAUGCUAUGUAUGCUAAGAAAUGUAGAAAUUAGGAUAUGCUAUGGAACUUAGAAAUUCUGUUUCACAACUACAUGAGCUGGAAGAAGUUAGGAGGCCAAAUCUUCAUUUAGGAUAGGAAAUGACAAACUCUGCUUACCUUGUCAACACAAUUAUAGCUACAACUGUAUUAUUUUCUAAAAGUGCUAUAUUACAUUGCUUUAAGUUGCUUAAUUUUCUUCAGAUUUCAUAAUAUGAAGAUACCAAUAUGCCUCAAAUAAAGCAUUGUAUACCAAUAAAUCGAUUGAUUUGUUUCAAUUACAA